AUGUUAAUUCAGCGGGUUCAGGUUUCUAGCCAUGCAACGCGGGGCGUCUUUCGCUCUCCCCCGCUGACGUCGCGCAGCGCGGCUGUGGCGGUCCAUGCAACGACAAAUAGAUCUGUGUUCAUUACAGGUGGCAAUACGGGCAUCGGCUACGAGACAGCCAAGACACUAGCAGCCCAAGGCUUCUGUGUUACUAUCGGCUGCCGUGACCCUGCCAAGGCAGCUGCAGCCCUCACCCGCAUCAAGGAGGCCGUACCCUCCGCCGCGGUUGAUUCGGUGGCCCUGGACCUUUCAGACCUCAACUCCGUAUCGGAUUGCGCCAAGCGAGUGCUGGACAGCGGGAUCCAGUACGACGUCUGGAUUAACAACGCGGGUGUGAUGGCCUGUCCCAAGAUGACCACAUCUCAGGGAUUCGAGUACCAGCUGGGAGUCAACCACCUGGGGCAUUUUGCCCUCACCAACCAGGUGCUGCCAGCGCUGAAGGCAGCAGACAAGCCGGUUCGCAUUAUCAACGUGGCUUCCGCAGCCCACUUGUUCGGAAAGAUUGACUUUGAGGAUUUGAUGCGAGAUCGAUCGUACGAUGCUUGGGAGGCGUACGGCCAAUCCAAGCUCGCCAACAUUAUGUUCUCUUACGAACUCAACCGACGGUUGGGUGCCGACAGCAAGAUAACGGUCAACUGCCUCCAUCCCGGUGUGGUUAAGACGGAGCUGGGCAGGUGUGUGUAUAUGUAUACCUGGUACAUGCCCCUCGCUAUCGAGGUGAUGAAGUUCUUCAUGUUGGAGCCCGCUCAGGGCGCCGCCACCUCCAUCCACCUGGCCAGCAGCCCCGAGGUGGAGGGAGUGACGGGGAAGUAUUACGUCGACUGCCGCCGCGCCGUCAGCAGUAAUGAUUCCUACAACCGGGAUACGGCGAGCCGGCUUUGGGAGGUCAGCCAAGAGCUGACGGGGGCGGUGGUGCCAGUGGCGGAGGCAGUGGCGGCCUGA